GACUAAAGCUUGCUGUCAACAGCUUGUUGUCAACAGUUAAGAUGGCAAAUUUGUGGCAACUCACGCUCCUGUGCUGGGCAUGGAGUCCUCUGUGUCUGCCAUCCAGUGUAAGCUUCAUUGGAAAGCCACAAGAGUGUGAAAAGGCUCACUUUGUCCCUGGUUACAAUCUGGGUGGAGAAGGCUUUGACAUCGUCACAAUGGAGCGGAAAGGUGCCUAUGUCAUCGACACUGAAACGUGGAAGCUUGGCAAUGGCACUUGCAGGCUAUACAGAAACAGCUACAUGAAUAAGGAAAAGCAGAAGGUCCCAGUUGCCGUGGUGGACUGGAGAACCCUCCCUAAGUGCAGUUUAACAGUCUCUAGUAUAGUUUAUGACUCUGUUGAAUCUCUUGUCAAUGACUCCACAUCAGCUGUGUCCAGUGAUUGGAAAAUUGGCCUUAAUUUAACUGUGGACCCAACCAUAGUAUUUGUGCCAAUCUAUGGAGGUUCCCACUCCAAAGAAUCAACCUUUACCAUGAAAAAGUCAAAAGAAGACAGGUACACCUUCUUUCGCCAUUCUGUCUACUGUAACUUCUACCGCUACAGACUGGCAGGAAAUCCUCCACUGAGUCACGAAUUUGAAUCAGCCAUCAACUCCCUUCCUUCCUAUUCAAGUAAAGCCAAGCCAUUAUAUCACAAUCUGAUCGACACCUAUGGUACACAUUACAUCGUGCAAGUGUUUCUGGGAGGUGAAAUGAAGGCACUCACUGCUGUCAGGACCUGCAGGGCAACCAUGAGCGGCCUGUCAGUGACAGAAGUCAAUGACUGUUUGUCAGUUGAGGCCUCAGCUGGCUUUGCACAUCCUGACAGUAUUAAGUCAAUGAUGCAACACUGUGAGGCAAAGAGGAAGAAGCUCUCUAUCCCAAGUUUCAGUAGUGCAUUUAAUGAGCGUAACACAAAGGUCAUCGGUGGAAAAAUUGACGGAGCUGAUAUCCUCUUUCAAGGGCAGUCAAAUACUUUUGUCUAUAAUAAAUGGCUUAACUCGCUGAAAAACACACCUGAUGUGGUCCGAUACAACAUAAAGCCCCUGCACACCAUACUGCCAAUUGGUCAUCCUGCCAGGGCUGGACUGAAACAAGAGGUGGAGAAGUACAUCAAGAAAAAUGCAGUGUUGAAGAAAUGUUCAGAAACCUGUAAGAUUGGGCAGAGGUCCAGCAAAAGGGAUCCUUGUGCUUGUGUCUGCAACAGUAAUCAGAAUAUCAAGUCAAACUGCUGUCCUGCUGGGAAAGGUCUUGCCACCUUAAAGGUAUUAAGACUUUAUGCAGAGGGUCUGUAUGGUGAUAGGUGUACGCAGACAGAUGGUUCAGUGGAGGUUAGAUAUGGUGACCAGGUAAAGCUCACUGCCAUUAUAGCAAACAAUGACAAUCCUAAAUGGUCAGAAACCUUUGAAUUUGGUCCCAUCAAAAUUGACAAGAAAAACAAACUUAAGUUCACUGUUUAUGAUGAGGACAGUUACUGGAACAGUGAUCUCCUUGGCAAGUGCUCAUUUGAUCUGCGUAGAGGAAAUGUGACAGACAGCUGCAUGUUAAAUCAUGGUACCUUCUUUUUCUCCUACAUAGUAGAAUGCGCACCAAGUCUUGGUGGUCAGCAAUGUCAAGAGUACAUACCAAACCCCAUGAGCCCCUCUCUGGGCAAGGACUUCUGCACCAGAGAUGGGGUUCUUGUUGGAGAGUCAGGGGAGGAUCAUGCUCAAUCACUCAGUCAGUCGGGUGGCGGUCAGCGGCUGAUGUGAGAUGAUGAAUGACAUUAAGAUU